AUGAGAAGUAUUAAGUGUGUUGUUGUUGGAGACGGUGCCGUGGGAAAAACGUGUCUGUUGAUCUCGUACACCACCAACCAGAUGCCUGAGGACUAUGUGCCAACGGUGUUCGACAAUUAUUCGGCCAAUGUGAUGGUGGACGACGAAAAAGUGACCCUCAACUUGUGGGAUACUGCUGGCCAGGAAGAAUACGACCGGUUGCGCCCACUUUCGUACCAGCAAACGGAGAUCUUUCUUAUCUGUUUCUCGCUCGUGGAACGGACCUCUUUUGCCAACGUCAAGAACAAAUGGAUCCCUGAAAUUAGACACCACUCUCCUAAAAAUGUGCUUGUUUUGCUGGUGGGAACCAAACUGGAUCUUAGAGACGAUCCGCACGUUCUAGACCAGCUGGAAGAAAACAGCCAGAACCCAAUCACCUUGGAAGAGGGAAAUAAGUUGGCUCAUGAAGUUGGCUGCCUAAAAUACAUGGAAUGUUCCGCCGCUACACAACAGGGAGUCCGCGAGAUUUUCGAGUUUGCAAUCAGAUCGGUGUUACAUCCUCCUUCCGAAGAACCAGAACAGUCGAAACCUACUAAAGUGAAACAAACGUCUCCUUCACCAAACCAAACUUCCUCUACAAUACAGAAAAAGGUGAAGAAACACAAAAAGUGCCAGAUCUUGUGA